AUGGCCAUCAAUCCUGAAGCAUACAUCUCGUGGAUUCAAGAAGCUCUAGACGAGGACUAUUUCUCUACGGUAGUCAGGAAGAGGGUUCGGGACUCUGGGUUCUCCGAUGCCCCGAUUGCCAAAUUUAUCAAAGCUUGCAACCUCUACGAUCACAGUACCAACCGGUGGAAAGAAAUGAAGCCAGCGAGUGCGAAAGCCUCAGAUCUCUCUGCGCAGUUUCUGAGGAUAUUCGAAGAGGUCCUCUCGGCUUUUGGCAUAAGGGACCGAACGGUUAUCGAUACGCUUUCGGCGACCCCAGAGAAUAUCGACUCCAAGACAGUGCCAGAACUCUUCGUCCUCGGCGAAGGAUUCAACUUUAGUGCCGAAGACAUGAAGCCAAGUUCCAAAGUGGACUACAUCUACUGCGCUUCGCCUUGCAAGGUCUCGACCAAGGCAAGCAGUGAGAGUGAAGACAUUCUAGGCCAGGUGGCGAAUUACGCUUGGAAAUGUUUUGCCGAGCAAGGGAACCGCUUCUACGUUUAUUCUCUCGCCAUGACGGAGGAGGAGGUGCUCCUUCUCCAGUACGACAGGAAUGGGGUUCUGUGCAUCAACGGCGUGAACAUCCACGACAAACCCGAAGACUUUGUUCGCCUGAUCCUUCUCGUCUGCUCUCCGGACUGCGCCACUCUCGGCUUUGACACUAGCGUCUAUUGGAAAGGCAGCAACCGCUACAUCAGAACCGCCGGCGAAGAAAAUGAGCUAGUCGAAUACGAGAUUCUAGACUCCCGCCACUUCUUCUAUCGCCGCGAGCUCUGUGGCCACGGCACCGUGUGCUGGCGUGUCAAGGACCCCGAAGGCAGAUUGCGCAUUAUCAAGGACAAUUGGUUGAUCGAGGGGUGUGAUGCGGAGAAGGAUCUGUUGCUCAAACUCAAGGGUGUGGACGGUGUUGGCCAAAUUAUCGCCUACGAGGAACAGAAGUGGACUAUUUCAAUGUUGAGGGGAAUGGAAGACCGUACCGAGGAUGACGGACGGGCAGACCGCUUGUUCCGUCGCAUUAUACUUGAGGCGUACGGUAAAUCGAUUGACAAGUUCAAGGAUCGCAUGGAGCUUCUGUACGCUUUCCGAGACGCCGUCGCAGGCCACCAGAACAUGUGGAAGCAGAACAUCAUCCACCGCGACAUCAGCGUUAACAACAUCCUCAUUGGCGGGGCAGAUGAGCCAAAAGGCCGUCGAGGUAUUUUGAUCGACUUGGACCUUGCCGUUCAGUGGGAAUACUGGGGGUCCAUGCCUGCGGUGGAUGUCAGAGUGGGUACGAGAGCUUUUAAAUCGAUCUUUGUCCUCCGGAGCGAGCUAGACAAGAAGGAAGGACGAAUGCCGCUCGCGCACGACGACCUCGACGACCUCGAAUCUUUCUUCUACGUGUUUUGCUCUAUUUGCAUGAGCCAAGACUUGCAACACACGAAAAUCGAGUGUGAGGAGCUCCGAGCCUGGGAGGACAACAAACCUGUGAAUGCGAUGGCGAGAAAGCAUCUAUUCCUGCUGUCCUCUCCUUCCUGGCAUUGCCUCAUAAAUGCGUUUUUCAACUUUGGAAGAGCCUUCCAAGAACUGUUCUACUCACUCCGGGAUUGCCUGCGAAAAUGGGUGGAAUGGAAAGCUUUCCAGAUGAGGAGAUGGAAACGGGUGACUGACCUCGAUGAGAUACGUCGCUACUCUGAUGAGCAUUAUGCCACGUUCUUGGGGCACAUCGACGCAGCGAUCAAGGAGGUGGAAGAACAAGAGCAAGGGUGGAAGCUGAACCCGCAGGAGUCCAUCAGCAGUCCAGAAGAACGCCAAUCCUCAACGCCGCCUCCUUUUGCUCCGUCUCUUCGUUCAGGUCAGCAACCAGAAUCGUCCCGCGGCGUGAAACGCAAGCGCGGCCAGGUAGACGCGGCCAGAGAUGAUGUGAAUAUUACUGAAGAUAGUACUCCUCCGGCACCGAAGAGGCCACGGACGAGAUUGUGGGCGAACUUGCACCCGGAGACGACUCAGGCCGUUCCCUCUGGAGCACCCGCUAGGAGGCAAUCUUCGAGAUUGCAAACUGGUGCCAAGCAGCCGCAGGAUGUGUCGCCUUUCACCAACGUCACCUCAUCGACUUUGAAUGGGCGACGAGCGGUGUCAGGAGCCAGUCAGACGGCAGCGAGGGGUUCAACUGCAAGGCGAGGCCAGAAGCAGUCGGGGAGUGCAAGAGAGACAACGAGGGCACAGCGCCGUCCUGAGGUGAAAGGCCACCAUCGUCGUCGUUCGGCGACCAGCAAGAACUAA